UUUUCGGUGUUACUCCUAUUUUUAUCGAAAAUGAAAUGUCAAAUUAAAAUGUAAACCAAAAUGGCCGACAGCGUGGAUAAGAGGUUUGUAAAUAUACUUAUAAUAAAACAUUAAUUUACAAUAUAUUUAAAUCCAUACAUUUUUCAGAAAGUAGAGAUCCAAGUGGAACAAGGAAGAAGUUGAACUUCUCCUGAGCUUGUGGACGGAAUAAUUAUGAGUUGUUAAACGGAAUUGGCAUGUCUAUAAAGAUAUGUCUAUGGAAAUGGCCGCCAAAGGCUUUGUAGUGAAUGAAAUUCGUGUGAAAACACACAAUUUAACAAAUAAAAAAAGAGAUGAUAGGAAAAUUGUUGGUCCCUCUGGUGGCAGCCCUUCCACUUGGGAAUAUUAUACUAAAAUUAAUGGCAUUCUCGGCAGCUAUAAAAGUUUCAAUUUGGAAACAUUGGUGGAGGAGAGUAGAGUUUACGAAGUUGUGGAGUGUGCACUCUCCCCAAAUAACUCUUUCAUAGAUUCGCAAGAAAAAUUUCCGCCUUCAGUCGAGGAACCUGUAAAGAAAAAGAACAAGACAAAUACAUCAGUUUAUCAAUAUGAGUUUUUGGAUGUAUUCCAGGCUUCGAAUGCCAAAAUACAGGCUGAAAUUGAAGCAAUUAAGGAGGACGGCAGGUAG